ACUCAUACAUACCGCUCAUCGCUUGGUUUCUCGCUUUCUUUCUCUGUCACGUGAAGUUGCGUUCCUUUCCGGAUUGCACUUCUGUUGAGCUUCGAAUCACCGCAUUUCUCCCCCCACCCAUCUCUCUCUCUCUCUCUCUCUAUAUAUAUAAAAAUAUAUACUUAUACAUAUACAUACAUAAGCAGCUCUCCGUUUCAGAGGAUUGAGCUUCUUGAAGCUACUUGCGGGGGAUACUAAGUCUCUGGUUAUGCAGUAAAAUCUCCAAGAGUCCUAGCACGUGCAAAGAUGACGGUGACUCCAAAGAUCUCUGUCAAUGACGGGAACCUUGUGGUUCAUGGAAAAACUAUACUCUCAGGCGUGCACGAUAACAUUGUGCUUACCCCGGGAUCAGGUGUGGGCCUUGUUGCGGGUGCAUUCAUUGGAGCCACAGCUUCACAUAGCAAAAGUCUGCAUGUUUUCCCAGUUGGUGUCUUAGAGGGUGUCCGUUUCAUGUGCUUAUUCCGCUUCAAACUCUGGUGGAUGACUCAAAGAAUGGGAACCUGCGGAAGGGACAUUCCUUUGGAGACCCAGUUCAUGCUCGUGGAGAGUAAAGACUCAAGUGAAAGUGAGCAUGAAGAUAGCCCGACUAUCUAUACUGUUUUCCUGCCUCUCCUUGAAGGACAGUUCCGUGCUGUUCUUCAGGGAAACGAGAAGAAUGAGCUCGAGAUAUGCCUUGAGAGCGGAGAUAAUGCUGUUGAGACCAAUCAAGGGCUUUACCUUGUUUACAUGCAUGCUGGGACCAAUCCUUUUGAAGUGAUCAACCAGGCUGUGAAAGCUGUUGAAAAACACUUGCAAACAUUUCAACACCGAGAGAAGAAGAAGCUGCCCUCAUUCAUUGAUUGGUUUGGCUGGUGCACAUGGGAUGCUUUUUACACAGACGUUACAGCUGAGGGUGUUGAAGAAGGACUUAAGAGCUUGUCCGAAGGAGGUACACCUCCACGUUUUCUGAUCAUCGAUGAUGGCUGGCAACAAAUUGGGAGUGAGGUCAAGGAAGACCCAAAUUGUGUUGUACAAGAAGGAGCUCAGUUUGCGAACAGGCUUACAGGAAUAAAAGAGAACGAAAAGUUUCAAAAGAAUGGAAAAGAUGACAAACACGAAUCAGGUCUGAAGCUUGUUGUGAAAAAAGCCAAGCAGCAGCACAAUGUCAAGUACGUCUAUGUGUGGCACGCUCUAGCUGGCUAUUGGGGGGGAGUGCAUCCAUCUGGUCCUGGUAUGGAACAUUACGAGACUGCCUUGGCGUACCCUGUUCAGUCUCCUGGUGUUCUGGGCAACCAACCAGACAUUGUUAUGGAUAGCCUUGCUGUUCAUGGCUUGGGCCUUGUUAACCCUAAGAAGGUCUUCAAUUUCUACAACGAGCUUCAUGCCUAUUUGGCUUCAUGCGGAGUAGAUGGAGUCAAGGUUGACGUGCAGAACAUAAUCGAGACUCUUGGUGCUGGCCAUGGUGGUAGAGUUUCCCUCACUCGUAGCUAUCACCAAGCCCUUGAAGCUUCCAUCAGUAGGAACUUCCCCGAUAAUGGCUGCAUUGCUUGCAUGUGUCACAAUACUGAUGGGAUCUAUAGUGCUAAGCAGACUGCUGUGGUUAGAGCUUCUGAUGAUUUUUAUCCACGCGAUCCCGCUUCCCAUACCAUCCACAUUUCAUCUGUGGCGUACAAUACAGUAUUCUUGGGAGAAUUUAUGCAGCCUGAUUGGGACAUGUUCCAUAGCCUGCACCCAGCUGCUGAAUAUCAUGCUGCAGCUCGCUCUGUCGGCGGGUGUGCAAUUUAUGUCAGUGACAAACCUGGUAACCAUAACUUUGAGCUUUUGAAGAAGUUGGUCCUUCCUGAUGGAUCCAUUCUUAGAGCACAAUUGCCCGGACGACCUACAGUGGACUGUCUCUUUGUUGAUCCAGCUAGAGAUGGGAUAAGCUUGCUUAAAAUCUGGAAUGUGAACAAGUGUUCUGGCGUGGUCGGUGUGUUCAACUGCCAGGGUGCAGGGUGGUGCAAGGUGGCUAAGAAGACCCGCAUUCAUGAUGCCUCCCCUGGCACUCUUACUGGCUCUGUCCAAGCCACAGAUGUGGAUACUAUAGCUCAAAUUGCUGGACCAAAUUGGACUGGCGAUACUAUAGUCUAUGCUCAUAGGUCAAGGGAGGUUGUUAGGCUACCAAAAGGGGUCUCAUUGCCAGUGACAUUGAAGGUUCUUGAAUAUGAACUCUUCCACUUUUGCCCAGUGAAGAAUGUUACAGAAACCAUCUCCUUCGCAUCCAUUGGCUUGCUUGACAUGUUCAACUCUACCGGUGCUGUGGAGCAGUUGGAAAUCCAGAAAAACCUAGAGUGUCUGGAUAACAACAGUGGUUCUGAGGCUUUAAGUGGAGAUAGAUUGCCCGUGGCAACAAUCACCCUCAAGGUUAGAGGAUGUGGGAGGUUUGGGGUUUACUGUUCUCAACGGCCACUGAAGUUGACCGUGGACAAUACCGAAACUGAUUUUAACUAUGACGAUGCCACUGGAUUGGUAACUCUGAUGAUCCCAGUACCAGUCGAGGAAAUGUAUAAAUGGUCUGUUGAAAUCCAGGUUUAAGUAGGUGGUAUUUUAGAUGGAAAUCCUAUCAAAGUUGAGAUCCUCGUUUGAGAUGUCUCCAUGCUUUGAAAAGAUUGCAAGUGCUUUUGCUCCUGCUCCGCUAAUUAGUUUAGGAAAAGUUCUUGAGUGACAGAGGGAAUAGAGGGUGAGGAUUUUAGGGAGACAUCUACUUGGAAAAAAUAAAUACUGUAAAACAUUUUCUCUAAUAUAAUUAUCUUUGUUAUCAUCUCAAA